UCCUGCUGGCCUGGGGCUGCUCUAACGACAGGUCACAGCAAAGGGCAGUAAUAACAAACACGUGAAAUAAAUAAAACUCUACUCGGUUUAUUCUAUUUCGCGCACAAUAGUAACUGUGGGUCGUUUUCAAUCACAAGAUUGCUUAUCUUGAAUAUCUAUCAAAUGGACGAUCCUUGCGACGUUUGUGGUCAAACCGAGUAUACGGUGGAAGCCGGUUUCUACUACUGCGCGGAAUGUGGCACCAAAUCUCAACAUCACGGGCAGGAGCUCGUCGCUGAAGAUGUAGCUAAUUUGCCUUCCCAGGGAGCAGCCUUGAUUAGGCUUAAGAAGUAUAAAAAGUGUAAACAAAUAACAAGCUGGGAGCAGGCGAACUACGUUUUGCUUGGCUUUACCGACCGACUGAUUUCGCUAGGGGCUGGAGAGGGAUUAAAACUUACUGUUCUGCAGUUGUGGACGACCUAUCUGCGACGGAUGGAGAUUGCUUUCUUCGACAAGACAAAGCCGGAGAAACCGAGAUUGCAUGCGUUCUACAAGAAAAUCGAUGCUGAUAUAAUCUACAACCGCAGAAGAAAGCCGGUGAAGCGCAUUAAGAAUCGUGAGAAACCUUCGAUCUCUAGUAAGGCAUUAUCCGACGAUGGUGCUACUACGGUGACUACGAAAUCGACAGUGAGUCGCCUUUCUAUACUCAGAAAAGCACGGGCAAAUCUACGACGAUUGAUGAAUGUUGAGUAUGACUCGUUUGCGGAAAGCCAGAGGUCAGAUUUGAACAGUUCCCUGCAUGACCUCUCCGUUCGGUCACUGAAUGCCAGCAAGUCGGGCGAAAGUGAUGCCAGUGAAGGCAAGGGUCAGAACAUUCGAUUUUCUCGUUUGGCAAGGGUGAAAAUGAAGCGAAGAUUGAAAAUGAGCUCUGCACAUAUUAGACGCCACGAGCAGGACGUUGAUGAGCAGCUCCAAUGUCACAGGGCUAAGAGACUGGAUCCAAAAAUGGAAAAAACUGAAAAUAUAACUAGGAUGUUGCUGAGUGGGUUUCUAGCUUUGGGAUUAAAUGUCAGCAAGAGUGAUGUUCAGUUGGCAGAUUUGGCUCGAUUUCACCGAGAAGAACAUCUUCCGUAUAACAGUUUAAUACAGUAUCUGCCUGAGGCAUUAGAUCCUAGCUGUUAUCGGGAGACUAUCAAUGCUUUACAGCAGCCCGGUCUUCCCGUUGGCCAUAGUGAACUGAGAAUAAAAGCUAUGCAUUUGGCAAAAUUUCUUAAUGUGCAACCGGUUAGUCCCGAUUUGCUUAAGCUUUGCCGCCGAUAUUUGGAGGAACUAUGUCUGCCAAUGGAUUUACUCGUUUACAUAGAGAGGGUGAUGAUAGUUUUUCCUCCAAAAAUGAAAUCUGACAGCAUUACUCAUCUGCCAAACUACGAAUGCCGCGCAAUGUCUUUUAUUAUUUUCGUUUUAAAACUUUUGUUUGGACUUAACGGUACUACCGAGAUGAAAAUGUCCAAGUCUGCAGCAAAAUUGAACCGCACAUUAUCCAACGUGGGACUGUUCGACACCUCCGUCUUCGUGUUCACCGAAUGGGUUCGUUAUUUGGAAAUGAGACGUGUAAUUUUGGGUCAAGUCAAUUAUGCUAUCAAUCGGCAAAUGGCCAAAGAAGAGAGAAUCGAUCUGGAUGCUGAUAUCUUUAUAGACCACACAACUCGGAAAAAACGUUCAGUUGAUUCGUGCCGAGACACCAACUUUCGUCAGAAGCAACUAAUAUCAAAAAUGAAAGACGUGAUCACGAACUUGGUAGAUACACAUCACCGGCAUGGAUCCUCCCGGGAGUGCCGAUCAUCCAUCGAAUUCGAACCUAGCUUGACUCCGUACAAAUCCUAUUUGGAAAGAUUUCUAUUGGCUUACAACAAAGAUGAAAAAAUUCACAUUCCGAACUUCAUGCGUGUUGAUCACACAAGUCGAAUCAUAUCGGUGUUCGUUGAUCCAUCCGACUUGCAUUAUCUGCUUCUCACUAACCACCAAAUUCGCCUAACAACCAAAAAGGUGGCUGGGGCAAUAAAUUUAAUGAAAUUCACGGACACCGUACCCGUACACAUCUUUCUCUCCGCGCAGCUACAACAUCAAAGUCCGUUCAUGUACGCUGAAAACUGCGAGGAAUCUGAUUGGAAUCCGCCAAUGAAACCGGUUCCCCGAAAAGCGAAGACCCACGAAAAUAUCCUAGAUAGUAUACUAAUCCGCAACGAAAUCGAAAGACAGAAAACCGAUCAAAUUCGUCAAUUACACAAACAACAGGAACCAUCCUAUUCCGACCAAUGCGAAAAUAGUGCUACGACGGAAGAGUCGUUCUCUACCUUCUCGGCGGAAAUGUUUUCACAAGAAUCAGAUGAAAUCGCACCGAAUCAAGCUGCGGAAAAGACGAAGCAAAAGUCACCACCAUUGAGCUCGGUCCACCUGCUGACCCCAAGCUACGACUAUUGGGUUCGAUUUUACGGUCGUGGGGAAGCUUAUUCGUUGGAAACAUUCGAAGAACAUGUUGCUGUCGGUUUUUCGGAAAACUUCCGAUUGGUACUGGAAGAAUGCGCCCGGGUUGUGGAGAAUCGACCGGCACAGCUGUACCACGAGCUAAUGGCUCUGGAGGCUUACUUUUUCUACGCUGUGCAACCAGUGGAAAGGUUCUUCCGAGGAGACCAAUCACCUGUUGAUGUGUUGUACGAGAACGUCGGCAAUUCGAUCAAUUCGAACGAUCAGCGAGCGUUCCAUGCCAAACAAUAUUACUAACAUUAUGAUUACUGUGAGAUUGUGCCAUUCGGAGAGGGAAGUGGGAUUCAAUAAAUGCGGGGCUCAAUGCAUGAACGUCCCAAAUGGCGAAAA